GUUUAUUUUUUCUCAGCAUCGGCACCGUGUGAGCCCUCGUGAGGCCUUCUUUCCCAAAUUCUCCAUUUCUCUAGCAGUUCAAGAAAACCCUAAACGAUCAACACUGCGAAGAAGAAAUUCUGUUAGAUCGAAUCAAAUCGAGCUGAAAAAAUGGCAAUGGCUGCACUCAGACGUGAGGGAAGGCGAAUGGCCGCCCCUCUAAUGACCCCGCGCCCGUUCAACCCUAUCAGCUCCUCCAAGGCUUCUUCUGAGGAGUAUGCUGUUUCUGGAGUUCGCUCCAUUUCAACUCAAGUUGUCCGCAAUCGUAUGAAGAGUGUCCGGAAUAUUCAGAAAAUCACAAAGGCAAUGAAGAUGGUUGCAGCUUCAAAGCUCCGAGCCAUCCAAACAAAAGCUGAAAAUUCACGUGGACUAUGGCAGCCUUUCACUGCUCUUCUUGGUGACACUCCAAGUGUUGAUGUCAGGAAAAAUGUCAUUGUCACUAUCUCUUCGGACAAAGGUCUUUGUGGCGGAAUAAAUUCUACAGCUGUGAAAAUAAGCAGGGGCCUCCAUAAGUUGAAUUCUGGCCCUGAAAAGGAGUGUACGUAUGUCAUUCUUGGAGAAAAGGCGAAGGCGCAACUUGUGCGUGACUCGAAAAAAGACAUUGAGCUAUCUAUUACAGAGCUGCAGAAAAAUCCUCUGAACUAUACACAGGUUGCUGCACUUGCAAAUGAUAUCUUAAAGAAUGUCGAGUAUGAUGCAUUAAGGAUAGUGUAUAACAAGUUCCAUUCUGUUGUAUCAUUCGUGCCUACAACAUCUACUGUAUUAUCUCCUGAGGUUGUAGAGAGAGAAGCUGAGGCUGGUGGAAAACUCAGCGAACUGGAUAGCUAUGAAAUUGAAGGUGGUGAAUCUAAGUCAGAAGUGCUUCAGAAUCUCUCCGAGUUUCAGUUUUCUUGUAUGAUGUUCAAUGCUGUACUAGAAAACGCAUGCAGUGAGCAGGGUGCUCGGAUGUCUGCCAUGGAUAGCUCGAGCAGGAAUGCCGGUGAUAUGCUUGAUCGUCUCACUCUCACUUAUAACAGAACUCGUCAAGCAUCCAUCACGACUGAACUCAUUGAGAUCAUAUCUGGAGCAUCAGCAUUGGAGGGCUAAUCAAAACAAUGCUUGUGCCAAAUUUUCUUUAUCUUGUUAAGAUGUUCGCGAAAUAAAAGCAGUCACGAAUAUUUGUACUUUCUUUUUGGACACCUAAUAGAUCCUUUUUCUGAUUUUUACCUUAUUCGGUAAUACUCAGUUGGGCGAUUUCAUUGAAAGGAAUCACCUUGAUAGUGUUUUCUGCAUUUUUUUCGUACAUUUUAUUCAACAUCAAAACUCGGGUGUUUGUGAGCUCAAUAGAAUUGAUGCACGUUUUGCUUUCUCAAAACUUUACAUGCAUAAUUACUGUUUUCUCUUUAAUAUGCAUGUUAUGUCUGCUGCCAAAGAAGAUAGAUUGAUCGAUACCCUUUGAUGUUGGUUAUGAAAAGUGUUGUCUUGUGCUAUCUCAAUUAGAG